ACACACACACACACACACACACACACACACACACACACACACACGACUGAACCAAAAAAAGCACACUCCUCAACUCCACCGGUGGGGGGGACACAGACACCAGAUGAGAUUUGUUUCCAAACGCGCACCGAUGGCGGUGUGAGGCGUUUGGCUGAAGUACGCACGGCGUUGUGGAUUUGUGAAAGAUUUUUGUGCAUCUUCUUCCUGUUUGGAUCCUGGUUGCGGGGAAAUAAACAAAGCUAUGGAUUACUCAGUCUGCUUACUUUUACUCCUGUCAACCAUUUCGUCUGUGUCCACCGGACAAUUCCCAACAGCGCAGAUGAUAAAGGAAUGGGUUGACCAGAUGCAAAAAGAGUUGAUCACAUUAACAGACACAUCCAGUGGUAUGGACAACCUAAUACAGAUAUAUCAAAAACACAGACCUCACUUCAGCGUGGAGUCCAACAAUGCAAGGAAACUGGUGGCGACGGCUGCUGGGAAUAUAGAGAAACUGCUGGCUAACCGCUCCCGAGCACUAAAGAGGCUGGCAACAGAAGCAGAAAAGUUUCAAAUGGAGCACGAGUGGAGGGACAACAGUGAGGUCGACAAAAUGGUUUACUACAAUGCCAAAGAUGACCUUAAUCAGACAGAGGAUGGAAAGGGAAGGAAGAACCGAUAUCUUCCUGAUGAUUUUGAGAUAGACCCCGACUUCAAACGACUCGUCUCGUACAACACCACUGCCGUCCACAUCCCUACGGACAUAUAUGAAGGCUCCACCAUCAUUUUGAAUGAGCUAAAUUGGACAGAGGCCUUGGAGGAUACUUUCCGAAAAAACAAAGAGGAAGAUCCCUCAAUCCUCUGGCAGGUGUUUGGCUCUGCCACCGGAUUGGCUCGGUACUACCCAGCAUCCCCUUGGAUCGACUCGAGCAAUUCAGCCAAUAAGAUCGACCUCUACGAUGUGCGCAGGCGACCGUGGUACAUUCAGGGGGCAGCGUCACCCAAGGACAUGCUGAUCCUGGUGGAUGCGAGCGGCAGCGUUUCGGGUCUCACCCUGAAACUCAUCCGAACUUCCGUCAACAAGAUGCUGGAGACCCUCUCUGACGAUGACUACGUGAACGUGGUCUAUUUCAAUGAAAAGGCCAUGUACGCAUCAUGCUUUGAGAACCUGGUGCAGGCCAACGUCCGCAACAAGAGGAUGCUUAAAGAUGCUGUGCAGAGCAUCACGGCCAAGGGUAUCACCAACUACAGAGGCGGCUUCGAGCUGGCGUUCGAGCAGCUCGCACAGAUGAAUGUGUCAAGGGCCAACUGUAACAAGAUUAUCAUGCUGUUCACUGACGGAGGAGAAGAGAGGGCAGAGGAAAUCUUUGAAAAAUACAACCCAAAGCAGGCGGUGCGCAUAUUUACAUUUUCAGUUGGUCAACACAACUACGACAAAGGACCAAUUCAGUGGAUGGCCUGCGCUAAUAAAGGGUACUACUAUGAGAUUCCAUCUAUAGGUGCCAUCAGGAUCAACACUCAGGAGUACCUGGAUGUUUUGGGCAGGCCUAUGGUAAAGGCUGACAGAAGGGCCAAGCAGGUUCAGUGGACCAACGUCUACCUGGACGCACUGGAGCUUGGCCUGGUGAUCACUGGAACUCUGCCUGUCUUCAACAAGACCAACACAGGCUCAAAGAAAUCUCAAAACCAGCUCAUCUUGGGAGUUAUGGCCAUUGAUGUCUCCCUGGAUGAUAUCAAGAGACUGACGCCUCGCUUUACUUUUGGACCAAAUGGCUACUACUUUGCCAUUGACCCCAAUGGAUACGUGCUGCUCCACCCUAAUCUCCAGCCACUGACUGCCAAGUUUCAUGAACCUGUUACGCUGGACUUCCUGGAUGCAGAACUGGAGAAUGAGAUCAAAGUGGAGAUGAGAAAACAAAUGAUUGACGGUCUAACAGGGAAUUACACAAUAUCUACAUUGGUGAAAUCCCAAGAUGAGCGCUACAUUGACUUAGGCCAGAGGAUGUACACCUUUGCACCAGUGAAGGGGACGGACUACAGCCUGGCCCUGGUCCUUCCUGACUACAGUAUGCAUUACAUCCGGGCCAACAUUGCAGACACAAUCACCCAGGCAAAAUCGUUUUUGGGGAAAGAUGUUUCUGAAAGCCUGAUGGCGGACAAGUUUGAUGAAUAUGGAUAUACAUUUAUUGCACCGAGGAUGUACUGCAAGGACUUAAAGCCACCUGACAAGAACAAAAACAACACUGAGUUCCUCAUUGAGUUCAACAACUACAUUGACACGAAGACUCCAAACAACCCCAUGUGUAAUGUGGAGCUGGUGAACAGAUUGCUCCUGGAUGCUGGUAUCACCUCAUCUCUGAUCAAGUAUUGGAAAGGAACUGAGUUGCAGCAUGGUGUCUUGGCCAGAUUUGUUGCCACCGAUGGAGGGAUCACACGGGUCUACCCCAAAAGUGCUGGGCUGUACUGGAAAGAAGAAGCAGAGACGUAUGAGUCAAGUUUCUAUAAGAGAAGUUUGGACAAUGAUCUGUACGUCUUCACUCCAACACCCUACCUCACUAAAGAGAACAUAAGUGACGACUCUGUCCUUGUGAGCAGAGCAGUAAAUCUCAACAUUGAUGGCAUCAUACUCAAACCAGCGGUGGUAGGCGUGAAGUUGGACAUUAGUGCCUGGAUGGCAAGCUUUAUCAACAUCACACAGAAGAUCAAUUGCAAUGAUGAGAUCUGUGGCUGCCAGCGAAACGAUGUGUAUGUAGACUGUGUCAUUCUGGAUGAUGGGGGCUUCCUUGUGAUGUCCAAUCGAGAUGAAUAUAUUGAUCAGAUCGGGCGUUUCUUUGGUGGUAUCGACCCGAUCCUCAUGGUGAACCUGGUCAACUCGUCCCUGUUCACCUCUAAGAAGACCUUCGACUACCAGUCGCUCUGUGACCCAGAGAAAGAGAGCAAGGCGGCUGCGGGCCUGCGAUCCGUCUAUGUGCCUACAAUUGCAGACAUUUUGAAUUUAGGAUGGUUCGCGACAGCUGCAGCCUGGUCAAUACUGCAACAGUUACUGGUCAGCAUCACAUUCCCCAAUUUCCUGGACGCAGCCGAGAUGGAUGAUGAAAUGUCAGACGCCAUGCUCAAAGAGGUCUGCAUCACAGAGCAAACUCAAUACUACUUUGAGAACAACGACCUGUCUUUCAGAGGCACAAUCGACUGUGAAAACUGCACCAGGCUCUACCAUGCUGAAAAGCUGCCCAAGACGAACCUGGUCUUUAUCAUCGCUGAUGCAAAACUCACCUGCUCGUCCUGUGACACCAAGCCGUUAAUACAGGAUGAACAGCAGUCUAAUGGUCCUGAUCCCUGUGAAAUGGCUCAGAAUCCGCGCUACAGAAAAGGGCCCGCAGUCUGUUUUGAUAACAAUGAACACGAUGAGGCCAUGUGCCGAAGGAGCGCAGGCUCCCCAUUGGCUUCCUCUCUGCUCAUGUUACUGCUGCCACUGUUCAUGUGCUGUCUCGGGAGAAGGACCCUGACUGUGGCGGGGCGUCCGGCCUGAGCCCCUCCCUUUGGCUGAUGGCGGCCCUUCAGCUGGUUCUGCUCUGGGUUUUGACUGGCUCCAGACCCCAUGCCAUCCUGUCAUGACCUCUGAAAAUCCUCAUCGCACCCUCUCUCUCUCUCCCCUUCUGCUAUCUCCAAAAUGGCAACCAGCUGCCACCGAAAUGAUGAACGCCCAAUGAGAAGCGCUUGUAACAAACAAACAAAAACCUGUGAGCCCCCACAUCCUGCCAGUUUCUCCUUUUGAUAACUUCACUUUCAGGGGUUUCUCAAAGUGAUUUUACCAGGUGCAAGGGUACAAGUGACGAAAGAAAUGUUUAUUGGAAGAUAUCAGUUUGAAAGAUAAAGAACUAAACCUACGCCUAUCCUUCAUCUCUUCACUGGUCCCUGCCAGCUGAGAUUAAAGGAAUUCAGAGAAUAAUUUUGAUUAGCGACUUCUGAACUUUCUCUGGCUUGAUGUCAUCGAUGAAAGAGAUUGGACUGCCUUAUAGUAUUUGGGGGAUUUAAGUCACAUGGGGAAUAGCAGUUUUGUUCACCACUGCCAGAAACAGUGCUGCCUUUUGCAAGCGUACAGUUUAUUUUGAAUCAAUUUGCAGUGGCUAGUUAUUAGGUAUUUAUUGUUUUGUGGUUGAGAAUUUGGCUAACAUUGCAGUAAGAAAUGCCAAAAUUGUACAUCAAAACCUUGAGCCCUUCAUUUGCCUCCGUUGGGUUGCUGAUAAUAAUGUUGUCUCAGUCUGAUUUUUAGAUAGCACUACGCAGAACGUUUUCACAUUGUCCCUGAGGGUUCGAGAGAUGUCUGUCUUUACUUUCGCCUCAGUAUUCUCUCAUGUAGAUAACUGUAUUUGCAGUGUGAAAAUCCUUGUUCAUUGUUAUGUUCAUGCACAGAAACCAACCUUUCAACUGCCACAGAGGGCCUGCUUCUGAGUGUACGGAUUUUAAACUUUGUAGCUGAUCAUCUAAUCAUCAGCCCUGAUCGAGAGUAGUAAAUUAUCUGGAUUUCCCACCUUGGUGUUGGAUUGCUCCAAUGAAAACUUUGUUGCCAUAGUGCGCGUUAAACCAAUCAGGGUGAGCCUGGCUGGUGUCCUAUGCAUGCUCAGUGGACAACAUUUCUAGUGUCAUGUGUGACAGAUGAACAUUUCAGCUUUGUAGACUGUGGCUACUGAAUGGAAAGAAGUGUAGUAUCUAUUUAUUUGAAUGAAGCGUCAGGACAGCAUGCUAGUGUUUCUUUUAUUGCAACCACUAAAAAAAAUGAAGGAAAGGGAUAUGAGAAUUUGUAUUUGACAUUUUGGUCAACAAAAAAAGGAACACAGUACAUUUGUAUUCACUGCUGUCACUUUUUAAAUUAAAUGACUACUAUCUGCACUGCAAUUCCAGUUGCAGUUGUUAUUUGUCUUUACAGUUUGAUCCUAACUGAAGAACAACCUCUAUCUCUAUGUAGUAGUGAGGUUCCGUCUUGCAGUUUAUUAUACUGUGGUAUGAUAUCACCCCGCAGAAUUCAGUACAGUCAGUCCUUGCUUGUGAUCUUUCUACUGCUGGAUUUCAUUUUCUCCAAUAUAAGUUUAUCUUGUUUCAUUCUGUAUGCCUUCUUUUCCAUUAGUUACACAUUUAAAAACAUACCUAACUAGUGCGACAAUUUACAGAUGGUAGAUGGCUUUAGUGAAAUAGUGUCAUCUUGUUUGUGCGGAGUGUAGAACAGUGAAAUAGUCAUAUUUAUUAAGAAAUGCACUAAACCAUUGCUGCUGAGCAAAAAUAUAUCUGCCAAAAUAAUAAAUAAUAAUACAUUUCACAUGACCAACUCCUGACUCUUAAAGCAGCUAAAUGUCAAUGCAGUACUUAUUAUGUCAGCGAGGAUAAGAGAAAUUAAUUUCAGAACGAAAAUAUAAAUCCAUCCUGAAGAUGGAUACCUAGAAAAUUGUAGUUAAUUUAUGUUCUGACAGAAAAUUGAGUACUAAAAGAGGAAAAAUUAAAUUAGGCAGGAAAUAAUCUGGCAGAAUUUGAUUGUUGUCAACAACAAGCUUUAAAUCCUUAAAAUACAACUGUCAUUUUUACUUAAACCAGAUGCACUCGACGGUUUGUGUGACACUGCUGUUAAUGAAUUACUACCCAAUUUCAUCAUUAUUUAAGUGUCUGUUGGUUCCAGGUAAGAAUGUUACAGAAAGAAGGUUACAACAGUAAGCAUUAUGUUACAACUAUUUAUUAAUAUCAGAUACUUUAAGGAUACACUCCAUGGUUUUACUGCCUAAUAGCGCCCCCAAAUUUUUUUUUUUUCAGAUUCAAAACAUCAACAGAGGAACUAAUUUGACGAUUCUGGGAACCGUAUAAACACACAAAAUGUGUAAUCUAUAAACUCUGGAGCAUGUUUGCAGAAAACUACUUAAUUCUGUUUGGAAUUGAAAACCACAAAUUGAGCCAUGUGUACCACAUUACCACUAAUAUUUGUCUCUCAUCCUCUUCAGAAUUGUUUUUUAUUUAAAUAAUUGCUGUUGCAUCACACUGAUCCAAUCACCGAGUGCUUUGUCCAUCGUAUUUUAUGGCAAAGCUCCACCACCACCAUCAUCGUCAGUAACAUUAAAGUGGUCUGUGGUGCACUUUUUAAUCACAAUGUGUUCCUCUAUCUUAAAGUAUACUGUAACCUUCCAACAAAAACAAUGUGGUGAAACUAACAAUGGUAUUAUAUGGUAUAAUAUGCUCCUCAUUUACUAACAACAAUAUCAAGUGCCAUAUGGGAGUCUCUUAUUCUCUAGUGGAGAAACCUAUUAUUGUACUAUAACAUUUAUGCAAUUUACCAUGAAUUGUUUCCCUGUGCUGCAUGGCAGUGGCUUACAAUUUGAUUUAAAAAAAAA